UCGUGGUCGGAAGUCAAUGUUGAAAUUGUGUACAAGCGAGAAACGCCACCACAUAACAACUGCAUAAAACCGUAUGAGAUCCUUAUUAGUUGCAAACACAGUUAUGGAAAGACCGCACAGUUUAGCCAACUUCGAUAGUUCUUAGGGAAGAAUAGAUAACGUUACCUGUCAUUGUCAUACAGUGUAAAGCUACGGUUAGGAGAGAGGUUCAACAAUAAACAACCAACCUCCAGCAGCGGACUCCAUUUUCAUUGUGCGCCCGGUUGGUGCCUCACGUGUCCUGGACUGUCUCUCUCACAUGACCCGAGUGUUUGUUCCCGUGAUCAGCACAUCCAUCUCCGUGUCACUGAAUAUCACAUUUUAAUUCUUACCCUGAUGGAUAUGCGUGAACAGGGUCUGGAUAACACGUCAAGUCACGAAAAACAAGAGGAAGAGGUUGUUCAAAUAUCUGAAGCAGAGAGUGCCACUGGAGGGGAUCAGACUGCAGUUACUAUAGCGCAUGUUCAACAGGCCACAGCGUUUACAGACCAAAAUAUUCAGUACCAGUUUUGUACAGACAACAGUGGUGGGCAGGUGACGUACCGGGUUGUCCAGGUGACCGAUCAGUCUCUGGAGGGGGCGGAUGAAGGCGGUGGGACUGUGAGCGUAGUCUCUGCAGCAGCAUUUGCCAGUGGCCCGCAGGCUGUUGCCCAGGCAGUUAUCCAGAACCCGUUCUGCAAUGGUGGCAGCCCCACGGCGGAGAUCGUGGCAGGGGAGACGCGCUUCGCCUAUUUCCCAGCAGCCGCUGUGAGUGACGGCACGGCCGUGUCGCUGCAAGCCACGGCCGAUCCCACGCUCACGCAGGCGGGGGGUCAGUUUUAUGUGAUGAUGACCCCCCCAGAUGUUCUCCAAUCCGGCGCCCAGCGCACCAUCGCCCCUCGCACACACCCAUACACUGCAGAGGAUGUCGCGCAGCUGCAGGAGGACGCGUUGAACUGGAAGGUGGACGGGACACGUACGCCCAGGGAUGAGAGACGGCGGGCGCAACACAACGAAGUGGAAAGGCGACGGAGGGACAAGAUCAACAAUUGGAUCGUCACGCUCUCCAAAAUCAUCCCAGACUGCAACAUGGACAGCAGCAAGACAGGAGCGGUGAGCGAGAAAAGUAAAGGCGGGAUCCUCUCUAAGGCGUGUGACUACAUCCGUGAGCUGAGACAAACUAAUCAGAGGCUGCAGGAGAGCUUCAAGGAUGUGGAGCACAUACAGGUGGACAACGAGCUGCUCAGGCAGCAGAUUGAGGAGCUGAAGAAUGAGAAUGCGCUUUUGCGAGCACAGCUGCAGCAGCACGCCAUGGAGGCGGUUUCCGAGGCGACGCCCCAGUGACAGCAGGGGGUGGGGGGGGGUGGCAGAGGUCCCUGCAAAGGUGAUGGACAGAGAGACACACGUCUGUGACCCAGGAGUUACAUCGGCGUGCAAGAGAGAGAGAGAGAGAGGGAGAGGGAGGAGAGGAUGAAAAGACUAUCUUUGAAAGCCUGAGUACUGAAGACCCCCACUGUGUCCCACCUCUGGGGGGUGGCUGACUUCUCUUGCUGCCUUUAUUCCCUUUUGGACUGAGCCGGAGACCACAGUCACCUUGCCGCUGCUGUUUGGUGGCUGCACUGGACUGCAAUAUACGUUUUAUUAUUAAUUCCGUUUUUUUUUUUUCCUUCCACAGCUAGACUCCAGGCAGUUUUCUACUGGUGAAAUUGCGAACAUCAUUUGCAGUCCCUUGGUUUUUGUUUUUCCCUGCAACAAUAUUCCAGUAUUUAUUCAGGCAACCUUGUGAAGAGAAACAUUGAAAUGUUUGUGAUGUUUAAUUUGUCUAGGAUUUCUUUGGUUUGAUUCACACAUGAACAUCGAUAAACACAUGUGACAAACCCAUAUUUUAGUCCCCCCACCCCACCCCACUGCAACCAUACCCAGCCCAUUGUUUUCACUGUCCCUUUCUGUAAAUGUUCCAUUGCAUUAGCCUAACACCUGUUGAUUUAAUCCUCGAGGAGAGGCGAGUUAUGCAUGGGAGAAAACUGAACAUUGCAUAAUCCAUUAAGUCUGGCCUUCUGAAUAGGAAACAACUCCUUAAACACAAUGUGUUGAUCUGAGCUGCAGAAAUGGAAGGCCCCGUUUGAAGAGAUUGCUUUCUUAUCACAUUUCAACCUUGAAAGGACACCGGUCGUCUUUGUGUGAACAGAGGAAGAAAAUAUAGUAGUGCUUGUGUAUAUUAUGAUCAGACCUCUCGCUUGGAAAGGAUAGGAGAAGGUAUGUGUUUUUUUUUUUUUUUUGAGAGCAGUCAUGAGGUUGGGGUUUUGUAGUAACCUUGCCAUUAGUGAAUAACAAAGGCCUAGGGCGGGAAAAAAACAUACCUGACAACACUCUCAAGCCAGUCGAUUGCUUUAAUUAGUCAGUCACGUAACGAAGACCAAGGGGACCCAGCACUCACUAAUGCCCUUCAGGACCACAAUAGCCUUCCCUUACUGUGUAGUUUUCUGCGUGUUAACUGAGAUCGAAAACCUGUUACUGUUCAUUUCAGGAGAAAUCACAGCUUGGCAUCUGAUGCACGGGAACUCUUAGAUAGUUCAUUGUUCAACAGUGGUGCCAUUAGAGUUAGAGUUUUUUUGUUUUUUAUUUUAAUGACAAUGUUGGUUUAAAAUCAAUUAAUUAUACCCCACUUUUGAAUAUGAAUGAGGCAAUUAAUUAAGUUAUGAAUUCAUUGAUUAUAGAGGUUCGGUCUAGUGCUGUAACAGGACAGGUUUCUUUGACAUGUAUGGCGUGAAUGACCUCUGGGAAAAUACGUGAUAAUCAGUAAAAGCAGACCUCAUAGCCAAAAGUUGAGUUUGGGAGGAGGAGGAGGAAGACCUUUUACAUUAGAGUGAUACCAAUAAUAUUGUUAUGUUUUACCCAAAUUUUAGAUUCUUUGGAGACAGUGUCUGUCGUCCAGUAUGGUUUGAAGUGUUAAAUGUGACCAAAGCUGGUUUAUUACCAUCAUCAACAGUUUUACAUGGAAAUAAAUAGAUUAUAUUUGUAUUUAUUUGAAAGCAUUUAGAAUAGCAAUGAGGCAUGGCCUAGCAUAUUUAACCAGCAUGAGAGGAGGGGCGUGGUGGGUGUUGUGGAUAACAGCAGUUGAUUUCUUGUCAUGAAGGAAGAUCUUAUAUUGUUUCAUUGUGCUGAGAAUGCAGCAACUAAGGCACAUUAGCAAAGCUGGCAAAAUUAAAAUGUCAGAAUUAUUAUGCUCUGUAGUUUUUCGUCAAAACACAUCUAGGGUGCUCAAGACAAUCUCUUUACCGCAUGAGGUAACAUGCUGGCGACAAGACCGAAAGGGUAUUUCAAGGACAUUUCAGUCUCACUGAGACCAUUGCGGAUGCCAAAAUUCUUGAUUGAAUUUCGUCCCUAAAUAUGCAAAGAAAAUUAGACUUCACUUGGGGAACAAAAGGAUCAAGGAAAAAACCCUGAUCUGUCAAAUACUAAGCGUUGAGGCCCUACAGUAUUAUAUGUAUAAGGUCAAUAUGGUUUCUGAGUAAUCAUGGCUGGUUUGUGAAGAAUGUAUGUGACUUUGCUGUGUCUCUUUAGCUUAAUUCUGUUAAACAUGACUGAUGUCAGUUCCCUACAUGGUUUUGCUUAGAGUUUAUUGUGAUUUGUUUUAAUUGAUGAUUUUUAAAAUGAUCAUUUGUCCUUAUUAGGUUUCAACUUUUCAAUCAUUAUUUUUGGUCAUCAUUGUUCUGUUCUCCAUACCCAGCCCUGUGGUAUCUGGGGGGGGGGGAGUAGUCCACUGUCUUUUGAAAAUUGAAACGAAGAACAGAAACCAAUUUUUUUUUAUGUUUGGUACUUCAUCAUUAUCAUCCACCAUCUCAGUGAGGAAGAUCAGAUGAUAACUCUGUGGUGCUUUUUGGAAGAAAAAAUAAACUCCUUUCUACUCAGUUGAUCUUUGCAAGGAAAUGUUGAGAAAAAAAGUCUGCAAUGUCUUCUGUUAAUCCGAAAACCUUUCAGUUAUUACACGGCUGAGAUUAAAUGCAUAGACUGUUA